AUGGCUGCAAAGAAGGUCCCCUUGAGUAGUGUCUCCCUCAUCUUUGCUUGUGGAACUGCUCUGUUUUCUGACGGUUAUGCCAACAAUGUCAUUGGUGCUGUCAAUACUCUUUUAAAACGUAUAUACACCACUGGCAUCACAACGAACUACAGCACCACACUCAGUAGUGUGGCCUUCGCAGGCACCGUGGUGGGUAUGCUCACCUUUGGCUACCUCUCAGAUAAAGUUGGGCGCAAAUUCGCGGCUUCGUCUGGUGCUAAUCACAGUCUCGAUGGCAUGCUCGCUAUGCUUAUCGCAUGCCGCUUCCUUCUUGGGAUUGGCGUCGGCGCUGAAUACCCCUGUGGUUCCGUAUCUGCGUCUGAACAGUCCGAGGAAGAUGGCAUCGCAAAGAACACGCAUCACCGAUGGCUCGUGCUCGCAACGAACACCAUGAUCGAUGUUGGAUUCGUUGUUGGAGCAUUCGUACCACUGGUACUUUUUUGGAUAUUCGGGGACAACCACCUCCGUGCCGUUUGGCGUCUCUCACUUGGGCUUGGUGUUAUCCCUGCCGCCGCUGUCUUCAUUUGGCGGCUGCGCAUGGAAGAACCCACUCGUUACAAGCGCGAUUCAAUGAAGAAUGUUCGUAUCCCAUACGGACUAGUCCUCAAAAGAUACUGGCGUGGCUUGCUUGGCGUUUCACUCGCAUGGUUCAUCUAUGACUUCAUCACAUACCCAUUCGGACUUUACUCAUCCACAAUCACCAAUACCGUUACCGGCGGCAACUCCUCCCUCUCCGUCGUCUUUGGUUGGUCUGUUGUGAUCAACUUGUUCUACAUCCCAGGCACCGUUUUGGGCGCCUUCUUCGUUGAUUAUAUGGGUCCCAAGACUACCAUGAUCACUGGUCUCAUCGGACAAGCGAUCAUCGGCUUCAUCAUGAGUGGCCUUUAUACUCAGCUGUCAAGCCAUGUCGCUGCCUUUGCGGUGGUGUACGGCAUCUUCCUGAGCUUCGGGGAGUUUGGUCCCGGAAACUGUGUUGGUGUAUUGGCUGCAAAGUCCGGGCCAACUGCUGUGCGUGGCCAGUACUAUGGUUUUGCUGCUGCUGUUGGAAAAGUCGGCGCGUUCGUCGGAACUUGGGUCUUCCCUGUCAUCGUCGACGAUUUCGGUGGCUCGAGUUCAGAUAAAGGCAACACUGGCCCCUUCUGGAUUGGCAGUGGUCUCGCCAUUCUAAGCGCAAUCAUCGUGUUCUUCCUUGUAAAGCCCCUAGACCCCGACGGUAUAAAGGAGGAGGAUGCUAAGUUCCGAGAAUACCUCGAAGCGCACGGUUUCGACGUCUCACUCAUGGGCCUUCCCGAAACUGAAACUGUAUCAUAUUCUGAUGAGAAAAAAUCAGAUUCAGUGGCCAAGGAUUCGGAUUCAGCAGUUAAGGUCACGGUUUAAUUGUGGAACGGGCAAUCUUGAUGAUAUUUUACGUUUACGUUUGCGUACCAUGAUACUUUCUUACUCAGGACUUCUUGUACGAAUACUUGCUGAAUAACCUAAGAUACAUGGUCUUCAGAGAUUCACACUGAUAUAAUGAUACGAGGAACACAAUUCUUCCUGCUGAAAAUGACGCGAAUAUGUUCUUUUCCAAUUUUCAUCAAUGCCAC